AGGGCGGCUGCGUUUUGGCAUUUUCGCCAAGUGCUCCACUUCGAGCCCGCACUCCGACGAAGAGCACUCUGCUUUACGCGGAAAAAUUAUGCAGCUAAUCGGUAGGCAGCUAUCUGCAAGCACGCGUACGUAGUAUAAGAUGCAGCCAACACGCAGACCACGGAAGCGCUCAGAUAUCCGACCGAUGCGAGCGGCGUGAGCUUCGGAUAACUGGCAGCCAAGACAGAAAGCUGACGCAAGCACGCGUCGGAUAAGGUGGCGAACGAAUGUGCUCGGCGGACUGCGAUCCUGGACAUAUAAAGGAACUCGGGACACUUUGAGCAGACUACGACACAUCGUUGCUUCAUUACAUCUGAGGCAUGGAUUUUGAGCAAGUCCUCGUCAAGGCCGGUGGCUUCGGCUUGUUCAACAAGACCGCCAUGUUGCUACUCCUGGUGCUGAGCGGCUUCCACACAGCUUUGUACGUGUUCGGCCAUUUCCUAAUCACGGUGACGCCGUUCAGCCAAUGGUGCUUCCCGAAUGGCAGCAUACCAUCUGUUGAUGAGAUAAGCCGUCUACCCAGGGGCAAGUGUCUUGACCUCCGCGCACUUUCUGCGUCAGAACACGCUUACCGCAACGAAACAACUGUUCAGGGAUAUCUCAAGUCUUGUCCUGAAGGAUGGCAGUACGACCGGAGCGAGUUUUUCCAGACGAUAACGAUGGAGAACCAGUGGUUUUGUGGAGAGAGCUGGCAGUUGUACACGGUCCACACUGCAUUUUGGCUUGGUUCCAUGGCCGGGUACUUGAUCUGCGGAACAUUAUCAGAUAGAAUUGGACGGAAGAAGACUGCCGCGAUAUUGACGCUUAUCGGAACUGGUGCCAAUAUCGCUGGGACCUUCUUCAGCGAUCUUGUGGGAUUCGCAGUGCUUCGAUGUUUUGCUGGCAUGAGCUCACUGAGCGUUAAUAGUGCGAUAUUUGUCCUGGUGUUGGAGUACACAGUAGCUCAGAGAAGGACUCUGGUGGCCUUUGUGUGGGCCACCGCGUGGGGAGUGGUUGGCUGCGCGGUACCCUGGUACGGCUACCUGACACAGAACUGGCGGGCCUUCCUCUACGGUGCAGCAAUUUCCGACGUACUGCUGCUGCUUUGUCUAUUCUGGAUUCCCGAGUCUUCGAGCUGGCUUGUGUCAGUUGGUCGCGUUGCCGAGGCGGUCCAUUCCCUCGAGCGCCUCGCAUCAAGGAAUAGAAGAAAAGUCACAAGAGAACAAAUUUUGGAACUCCUAAUUGGCGGCGACAAUGGCAUGACCAGGGACAACCUGAGCUUUUGGGAAAGCACUAAAGCCAUGCUGAAGCGGCCCCGGCUUCGACGAAGAACCUUGCUGAUUUACGCAGCAUGGUUCUGCAUAUGCCUCUGCUACAAUGGCUGCAUCCUUGAGCUGGGGAGGCUCGACCUCAAUAUUUACACAACUUAUUCGAUCGCCAUGGCCUUCGAGUUUCCGGUGAACGUCUUCUGCAUCCUCACUCUGGACGUGCUGGGCCGUCGUUGGCCUAACACGGUCUUUCUGGCAAUCGGAGGCGCCGCUUGCAUCACCAUGGGCCUCGCACGUACAGGUUCGGGCGCUUGGACAAUGGCGAUGGCUGGUCUGGGCAUCGCUUCGAUCGCCGGUAGCUACGCCAUCACGUACCAGGUGGCAUCAGAGGUCUUCCCUACCGUGGUCCGCGGGAGAGCAGUGCAGCUCCAGCGCUUCAUAGGGGACCUCGGUGGACUCGUGGGCAUGCAAGUGGCGGCACUGGCAGAACGGGACCGCUGCCUUCCAGUGACAGUGAUGGGUGCCGUCUCGCUGGCAGCGUCUGUGCUCGUGUUCUUUCUUCCAGAGACAGUGCACUUGGCGUUGCCACAGACGCUCGAUGACGGCGAGUCUCUGGCCGUGGAUAGAGGUAUCUGCUUCUGCACCUUAUCGGCCAAAAGGCAGCACAGUCGCCGAAAUGGACAGUGCCGUCGCCAUGAGAAUCAUGCUUACAAGAACGAACUCGAAAGCAUGGCGUAGUCUGCAGAUAAAGCAAACAGCAUGCCAUAUGAGAUAACGCAGCGGUCGUUACUGCCACAAUCACCUCUCACUCACUCACUCACUCACUCACUCACUCACUCACUCACUCACUCACUCACUCACUCACUCACUCACUCACUCACUCACUCACUCACUCACUCACUCACUCACUCACUCACUCACUCACUCACUCACUCACUCACUCACUCACUCACUCACUCACUCACUCACUCACUCACUCACUCACUCACUCACUCACUCACUCACUCACUCACUCACUCACUCACUCACUCACUCACUCACUCACUCACUCACUCACUCACUCACUCACUCAAACAACGCCCGAUGCUUAUGUCUGUGGUUAAAAUUUGACGUCAGGAGAUUGGAAUAAAUACAGAUUGGAGUAGUUUUACGUUAUGGGGCCCCAUAUUGCAGAACGAACUUCCUUUCUAUUUGAUACCUUCAAUGUGUUUCUGUUGACUGUACGCAGGAAAAUUAUAAUGAUUCCAAACCAUAACUACUUUAAAAAUGCCUUAGCUAACAUUGUAGGAAUAGCAUCCACUUCCGUACCUGUUUCCUUUUCCUGUAUUAAUAGUUCAUGUUCAUUGUUCUUUUUAGAAUGCGCUAGCUAAUGUUGUACAUAUUAGAUUCGUUUGAUAAAAAAAUUUACUUGUUUA